AUGGGCUUCUGUAGGACAACCCUCUUUCUCCACCUGCUUCUAUUUCCGGCCAUCCGAGCCAACUCUUUCCUCACCAGCAGUGGAUUCUCUCAGCGAAAUCCCAUCCAGAAUGUCCUAGACCACGAACCCGCUAAGAAUGUCGACUGUAGCAACUCCAAUCCAACGGGUCCAAUCGACACUACUCUCUGCGACUUCGAAACGGUGGAGAGCGUGAACGAUGAGCUCUUUUCAAAUUUACAUGAGCUGGUAGCGACGCCAUUCUUCAAAUUCUUCCAAGUGGACUUAUAUCGAGAAUGUCCGUUCUGGUCCGACGAGGGAUUCUGUGAUAAUCCUAGUUGUGGUAUUACUAGUGUCGAUGAGAGCGAAAUACCCGAGAGAUGGAGGGCAAAGUCGCUCAGCAAACUUGAGGGCUCCAAAAUAGACGACCGACAUGAACUUCCAGGAUGCUAUUACCGAGACUCAGAUUUUUGUUUCCUCGACGACAAUACAGGGGGUGACUACUAUGACCUAACAUUAAUUCCCGAAAGGUACACUGGAUAUGCCGGACCGGACACCCGGAGGAUAUGGCGCUCAAUCUACGAAGAGAACUGCUUUGGCCUUUCUGAAGUCAGUCUUCACAGUGGGCCCAAUCCUGCUCUGGUUAGCCUUCCCGACCGUAUGACGGAUGCAUUCCGGAACGAAGACGGCGACGGUGGCCAGUGCUUAGAGAAACGCGUGUACUACAAAGUCAUCUCUGGUCUCCAUGCGUCAAUAUCGACGCACAUAUGCCAAGAGUACCUCAACCAAACAACUGGAGAAUGGUAUCCAAAUCUCCAAUGUUUCAUCAACCGUGUUGCCUCUCACCCAGAACGUCUACAAUACAUCUACUUCAAUACUGUUCUCCUCCUUCGAGCCAUAGCACGAAUCGGGCCGUAUCUCCAAGCCUUUGACUACUGUUCCACGGGUGGCCACGAAGACGAUGCAGAAACUUUGGCGAAGUUAGGGAAUGUCAUUUCCAUUGCACAACGUGCUGGCCGCUUCGACGAGACCGUCCUCUUCCGUGGAGAGAACGCAAACGUGCUCAAAGAAGAGUUCAAGGACCAUUUCCGCAACGUCACUCGUAUCAUGGACUGCGUCGGUUGUGACAAAUGUCGUCUUUGGGGGAAAAUACAAACAACCGGUGUUGCUACUGCCCUCAAAAUUCUCUUCGAAUUGGACGAGAAGGCUCUGGAUCCCGCUGCCAACCACAAUCUCCUGCAACGCUCCGAGGUUGUGGCACUUAUGAACACAUUGCAUCGCUUUAGCGAAAGUCUCGCAGCCGUAGAUAACUUCCGCAGGAUGUGGAAGGCGACCAGUGCUGAGGAGGGCGAGCAGCUAAUCGUUGAGGCUGAACGUGUUGCAAAGGAAACCAGCCGGCCACGACCAUCGGCACGAGUAGGAAAAGACUUUGACUCACCAGAGAUGCUGCUGACCCGGUGGCUACGAGUAUGUAAGCAAAGCACGGUGGACUGUGUUGGGAUGUUCGUCCAGAUAUGGUUUCGCGCCGUGAACGCCGUUGCUUCCGUCUUCACUCCCUCAGGAAAGGAACGAGGGCCAAGUGGCUUUGAACUCUAA